GAAGCGAUAUCGUCUCCGUUCUGGGCACGAAACUGUCCUUCGUGCACAAUAAUGGCGCAUAUAAGCUGUGAUCAGGCAGCGAACGCAGCCAUUGCAUAGCGCCUGUGACGCGCGCCGCAAAGCAAUAUAUCUUUGCAUCGCCACUCAAAGGUUUACGUCCUGGCCGGGCAGCUCAUCCCGGUCCCGGGCAGGCGCAGCGCUGAGCGACGUGUUAGCGCGCCGCGAUGUAUACUUGCAUAUAUAAGCGGGAACACACGACCUAAUCCAGAGGAUUACAACUCGUACGAGAAGGAGAAGGAGACGCAUGUAGACGAUAUCGAGGAAGGCCUGCCUCCGACGCUCAAGGCCACACAGAUCGGAAUAUGGCGAGUCAUAACCGAGCGCGAUCCGGAUGCCCUCCUAGACAAGCCCACGUCGAAAACAUCUCUUGAAGAUACCACUGAGCCGGUCUCGUGGUCUUGGUCUCGAUUUUACGACGAUCCCAUCACGGAAAUAUCCACUCUCGCGCACCAAAUGAAGUUCCAGCUUGAGAGGACGCACAUUCCCCGUCUGGUCACAGACGUCUACCUCCUUGGUCCAGGGCUGUUCUGGAUUUUGGCCCUCAAUUACUCGCUCACGGGUUUCGAGGGCGCGAUGCUACUAUGGCUAAAUAACCGGGUCAUGACACUAAUUGAAACAGGGAUUGCGUCCUCUAACCCCGAUGGCCCCGCAAUUCUUCGCGCGGUCCUGUAUCGCAUCGCCGCAGUGGCAGCGAUCGCCGUUUGGCGUUGGUUUUCGUCUCGUACUCAACCUAUUCUCAAGGGCCGUGCGAAACUCUACUUCCAGGAGCGUCUCAUGAACGCACACCUGUCCCAGGACAUGUCUCAUUACCGCGAAGCGUCGUCGAGCAUCGACGCGUCUCCCAUGAAUGGCUGGUAUGCUCUGCUCAACCUAAUGAGUUCGCUCGACGUCAUCUUCAGCACCGUCUCUUCGCUCAUGCUCCUUGCAAACCUGGUUCUCAAACCCACUGCCAGUGGUGAUUCUGUUUCUCUUCUUUCCGUAUUCACAGGUACCGACACGCUUAUGAAGAACUCGACUGGGAAUGCCACUACCGAUGCAGGCUCGAGUGGCGAGUUGGCGAGCGGAGGUGCUGCCAGCAUGGCGAAUAGCCUCAUCGUAAUCGCUCUCUGCGUGACUUGGCCUCUCGUCAGUCGGAUGCUCAGGCACGAGCUCGAUGAUACAACGUACAUUGCCCAUGUGAACAACAAGCAUUACCUGCGCGCUGAAUCGUUUCACGGCCUCGCUAUAAGCUCGUCGUACAAGCGCGAGGUUAUUAGUGGGACGAUGAGCGAGUACAUUCGGCGAGAGCAUGAGAAGGCAAGAGCCCUGCUUGGACCGUUCUCAGAUGACUAUCCGUUUGAAGCGGUUCGGCAGCAAAGCAACCCGUUUGGUGCUAUUGUCCUUGGCGUGCUUGACGACCUGCCCUUGAUCUAUUAUGCCAUCUCCGCGGUUGUCUAUCGCCAAAGUGGCUUAUCGCUUUCGUCUUUAGCAAUGCUGCAUGAGACGCUGGGCAUUACGCGGAACACACUCGAACGGGUGCUCAUGGAGCGAACGAGCUUUCGGGAGAACUUGAAACAAAUUCGUUCUGUUUACCGUGAUUUAGAGGUGCAGGACAAGGCCGGAGCGGAGAGCGUAGAAGGGGACGAGGGAGCGCAAAAGGCUACUGGUUCUGAUACGAGCCAGAGUAAAGGUGUAGGCAUUGAGCUAAGAAAUGUCACCUUUCGGUACCCGUCAUCCGCAGACGAUGCUUCGUCGUCCAGCGCAGCUCUUCGCGACGUCACUUUCACACUACCGCCAUCGUCCCUCGUCGUUAUCGUUGGCGCUAAUGGUUCUGGCAAGUCUUCGCUAGUGAAUCUCCUUUGUAAUCUGCACCGUCCAACGGCUGGCACCAUUCUCUUCGACGGAGUCGAUCCGCACGCUACCGAUAUCAGCACAGGCGCGCGAUUUUGGACUACCGAGGACCUCCAGAAGGCGACGACGCUGCUUACACAGUCUCACUCCCUCUUCCCUGCGUUUACCAUCCUGGAGAACAUCGCUAUCGGCGACCCCGAGUUCUGUCUCGACUGUGCUGAGGGUGGCGCUGCGAGCCGGACGCAUCUAGUUGAGCGUGUACAUGAAGCUGCCAGACUUGGCGGCGCGCUCGAGUUCAUCAGAAAGCGUGAGAAGGGCUUCGACGAGGUCAUACACCCAGUCACGACUUCCUUCAGUUCAAACUACUCGCUGGCCGAAGGGCCGCUCAAGGAGAUGUACGACAAGCUUGAGGCGUGGAAGGAUAUCUCGGGGGGCGAGCAGCAGCGUCUCGCGGCGGCCCGGACGUUCAUGCGUCUCAUGAACCCACGCACGCGGCUCGUGGUCGUCGACGAGCCAAGCUCAGCAAUGGACCCACUUGGCGAGUUCGAGCUCUUUGAGCAGCUCCGUGCCAUGCGUCAGGGCAAGACGAUGGUCUUCGUCACGCAUCGCUUCGGGCACCUGACGAAAUACGCUGACGUCAUAUUGUGCUUGAAGUCAGGUGAAUUCGUCGAGAGUGGUACUCACCAGGAACUCAUGGCGAAGGGCGGCGAGUACAGCAAGUUAUACGCCGUCCAGGCGCGAGCAUUUACCGACCCCGCCACGGAAGUUGACAGCGGGCAUGUUGCCGGUACUUUAAAUGACUCUGCAGAUGAGCCUUAGCGUCUGCAUUGAGGAUCGCGUAUCGCCUGAACUUAACAAGAGGUUAUCACUGUGUAUUGAUAGCUUAGGAUGCAGCCGUGUAGCACUGUAACUUGUAACUUGUGUUGUAGCCCUCUAUCCCUCGACGCUGAUUAGACAGCGAUUAGAUUUAUAA